AUGUCGGACGAAGAGGAAUCUAGAAGAGUUUCCAUUCAAGUUUCGUCUUUAUCAACCCAGUUGAUUGAAAGUAUUGAUAAACAAUCAAAGCUUGAGGAACAAUUACAUCAUGCGAUGAAGGUUAUUUCAGGUCAAAAGGAGUCAUUACUCGUGCAUGAAGUUACAGACAAAGAGUUAAGGGAUGCCAAAGCUCAGUUAGAAAUGAACAGAACUCAAAUUGACGAGUAUAAGAAAAAUCUGACUGCCGAAAAAGCAGCGAGGAAGAAAGCAGAAGAUGAUGUCGGUAGACUCAAUAAAGAAGUUGAAGAUCUUACUGCAUCACUUUUUGAUGAGGCAAAUAAAAUGGUGGCUGAUGCAAGGAAAGAAACUCAUAGCAUUGAAGUAAAGAACGCCAAAUUGAUCGAACAGUUGCAUGAAAAAGAUAAUCUGUUAGAUACCCUUAGCAUACAAUUGAAGAAUCUCAAGAAGGUACUAUACAAUUUGGAUUCUGAGAGUAGCAGCAUAGCUCCCACGAACAAAACUUCUGGUUCAAGUGACAAUGUAACAUCUUCAAAUGUUUCCAUAGAAAAAACCAUCACAACCAUAAAUUCUGUCAAUGAAUAUAAUUUGCCCUCAAAUUGUGCUGUGUUUUCCCCUAUUCUCCCUUCUUUGAGAUAUGACUUGACAUUGUACAAUGAAUUUUUAAAGUUUAUUGCAGUUUUGCCCCUCUGUUCAUCUAUAAAGGAAACUACAUCGCAUUCGAAAUUACUUAAGAGGCUAGUCCAUGACGAAAUUCAACCAAUUCUUCGAUUGGAUAAUGCUAGUGGAUUAGGUUGGUUUGUGAGGAGAAAUUUAAUGUCGCUAAUGAUCGAAGGUUUAGUGGUGGUUGAACCCUUGAGUGGUAUCAAUGAAACCUACCGCGUUGGUUAUUCAUCCCCGCGACUCGGAGAUAGUACAGUUUUGCAGGGAGAAAAAGAUUCCGAUUCACACUUGUAUAAUUAUCCUGUCAAUUCACCUCCCAUCGCGAUACAGGCACCUUGUGCCUUUUGUUCGGAAAGUAGAAAUGACAUUCUCGAGCACGGAAGGCUAUAUGUAUUAAGAACACAACAGAAGAACGAGGAUGGGACGAUUGAAACUGCUAGUGAAUUUCCCUUAUGUCAUUACUGUUUGUUGAAAAUAAGGCAGACGUGUGAGAUUUUUGCAUUUUUAAGAACGCUUAAGAGUGGAGUAUGGAAUUUAGAAAAGUUGAAUUUGAAAACCAUUUCUCAGGAUUCUACCGGACUCUUUAAAGAAGUCAAAAAAACCACUGCUCCUGACCGCGUGAAAGCAAAUAAAAAGUCGAAUAGGAUGAGCUUCAUGACAGGUCUAUCGAACCCUCUGGUUUCGAAGCCUUCGUUUCAACUGGAAGUGCCUAAUUUUUCAAAUCAAAAUGGUCAGCCUACAACAAAUAUCCAAAGAGCUUGGGUUCAAUUGAGCAAGCUGAGAUCAUCUUUGAACUGGGCACAUAUUGGCGUUUGGUCAAUGGAUGACGCAGUGUCGUUGAAAGUGGGCCCAGUGGAUGAGGAAGCUGCGUCUUUGCAUGAAUCUACUGAUUCCAAUAGUGCCUUGUUCCAAAAUGUACAAAAAUUAAAUGAAUCUUUCACUUUAGAGCCAGAAGUUGAUGUCGAUAAAGAGGCAUUUGAUUUUGAAAAGGGGAACGAUACUAUAGAAACCAUUAAAGCGGAAGAUCAGACUCAACCUAAAGAAUCUAAUAAAAAUGAUACAAUAACAUCAACUAAUUUUGCCGAAAGUAGUGAGAGUAAACUCGAGGAGCAGCCUUCUGCCUCAGUUGAGACUACCUCACUUGACCCUAAAAUAAUCAAUAUUAAAAGUGGCCAGCCACAUAAGGCGACACAUAGAGUCAAUGAAGCUUUUGAGGCCUUUCAAAUGAGUGUUGGAGAUGUCUCUACUUUUAGUGAUGAAUACAGCUCACAUAAUCAAGAUGCCGAAGAAGUUGGAAGAAACAUCUCAAAUGACGAGGAAGUUAAUGAAUCGAUCAAAUCCACGGAUAACGAGGAGCCAUCUGGCUCAUUGAAGGUUAGCGGCGCAUCUUCUGAAGUACAGGAUAAUGCUGAAAGCUUGAAAACAAAUACGCUGUCUAAGCACGAAAGCGAAGUGGAAGAUUCCGUGCAUCUGGAUAAAAGUGACGGAGAUUACACAGCAGAAGACGAAGCAAGCAAUCAGGGCCAGAAAAAUAGCAGCGGUGAACUAAAAAGUCAGAGUAAUACUGAUGAUGAUGAAAACCUUUUUGAUGAUGCUUUAAGUACAGUUUCGAACUCUUAA